CAAAAAAGCAUCCGAAUAUUAAACAAGCCCGAGUUUCAAAUCAGAAAUGUCAACUCUCUCUCUCAUUUUUUUCCCUUCUUCUUCUUCUUCUUCUCUCUCUCUCUCUCUCUUAGUUCCAACACCAAAACUAUUCUCUCUCAAAUCCACAACCCACCCUUCAAUCUCCUUCUCUGUUUCUCUUCAGCUCUCUGCCCACCCUGAAUGAAUUGAAAAAAACACAAACAAGAAGAGGGCAAAGAUUCUACUAAUGGGAAACGGAAUAGGGAAGCUUAGCUUCUGCUUCGCCGGGGACGCCGGAGAAAUUUCCCGGCGAAGAAACGACGUCGCCGUUUGCGCAUCGGAUCCCCUGGACGAGGGCCUGGGCCACUCUUUCUGCUACAUACCGCCCGACCCGGCCCGGAAAUCCCAAUCCGUCGAUGAAGCUUCGGCCGCGCCACCGACGGCGGCUUUCCGCACCAUCUCCGGCGCCGCCAUCUCCGCCAACACCUCCACCCCUCUCUCCACCGAUGCUUUCGCCUACAGCAGCUCCACCUCACUGGACAAGGCUUCAGCUUUCGAAAGCUCGAAUUUUUUCUCCUCUAUCCCCCUGCAACCAAUUCCCCGAUACUCCAUCGACACCGUUAAAUCCGGGCCCAUUCUCAGGAACCCGGUUCCGGGAUCCGGCCCGAUCGAGCGAGGAUUCUUGUCCGGACCGAUCGAACGGAGCUUCAUAUCCGGUCCGUUAGACAAUCAGAUGGAUCAAUUGCAGAGGUACAAGCCUAAAUCCAAGAAACGAGCUUUUGUCAAGAAUUUCAAAAAAGCAAUUUACAGAUCAUUUUGGAGUUUCUCUAAGGAGAUGAACAGAGACGAAAAACAGCAUCAUCACCACCACAGCAAUAACAACAAUAUUGUUAAUGUUGCUGUGAGUGGUAGCAACAGUGGGUAUAGCAGCACAAUCACUAGCAACAACUUAAGCAGCGAAAUGAGCCUCGACGAGAACGAUGAUGUCGGAAACGAGUCUUUCGGCAGCCAAAACCUGCAGUGGGCACAGGGGAAAGCUGGGGAGGACAGAGUGCACAUAGUGAUCUCCGAGGAACACGGAUGGGUUUUUGUCGGUAUCUACGAUGGAUUCAACGGUCCUGAUGCUACCGAUUUUCUACUCAACAAUCUCUAUUCAAACGUGGCCAAGGAGCUCAAGGGACUUCUAUGGUGUGACAAGGCUGAGUCCUGCGAAACUACAAUCAACACUUGUUCCAAGAGCCUGGACAGUAAGGAAAGGGUGGAUCUUGACAAGAAGUUACGGGAGAAAUUGGGCAAUUUAGGACCCGACACCAUGACUGUCAAUCAUUUGGGGGUUUUGAAAGCUUUGUCUGAAGCAUUGAGGAAGACAGAAGCAUCAUAUCUGGAUAUAGCAGAUAUGAUGCUAAUGGAGAAUCCGGAAUUGGCUUUGAUGGGGUCUUGUGUCCUGGUUAUGGUGAUGAAGGGCGACGAUGUUUAUCUAAUGAACGUCGGGGAUAGUCGGGCAGUUUUAGCUCAAAAGGCUGAGAAUGAUUUGCAAGCUGGAAAGAUGAGGAAGGACAUGGAAGAAUCCCUAUACGGCUACGAAUAUGACUACGAGCAUAAUUUAACUUCCUGUCAGCUCACAAUGGAUCAUAGUACAUCUAUUAGAGAGGAAGUAAGAAGGAUAAGAAAUGCUCAUCCAGAUGAUGCCUUCGCUGUUAUUAAUGAUAGAGUGAAAGGUUCCCUGAAAGUUACCCGGGCUUUCGGAGCUGGCUUUCUCAAACAGCCAAAAUGGAACAAUGCACUGCUGGAGAUGUUCAGAAUCGAUUACAUUGGAAUUUCCCCAUACAUUUCAUGCUCGCCAUCUCUUUGCCACCACAGAUUAGAGCCCAAGGACAAGUUCUUGAUCUUGUCUUCUGAUGGGCUCUAUCAGUACUUCACGAAUGAGGAAGCUGUCUCCGAAGUUGAAAUGUUCAUAUCAACAUUUCCUGAGGGUGAUCCAGCUCAACAUCUGGUUGAAGAAGUACUAUUUCGGGCUGCCAAGAAAGCUGGUAUGGAUUUCCAUGAAUUGCUGGCCAUCCCACAGGGAGACCGAAGAAGGUACCAUGAUGAUGUAUCGAUCAUCAUCAUUUCCUUUGAAGGACGGAUAUGGCGCUCAUCAGGGUAAACAUGCGAUAAGAUCAUAGAUUCAAAUGGAGGGGAACACAGAAAAUCUAUUACGAGGAUUUUAAAAGGUUGUUCAUACUUGUAGCAUAAAACUAGGUUACAAUAUCAAGAGUUGAAUCAUCAUAUAAUAGACAAAACUGUGUGAUCUACCAGUUUGUUGGGGAUUGUAAAUUGCUGAUAAUCCCAACAUUUUCCCCCGUUCUUGGAAUGCAAUACAACCUAAAUUUUUUUGUAUCUUCUGGUACAACUUGAGGUUCCCUUAUUCUUCAAGAAGCACCCCUUGAAAGUUCAUGGAUUUCAAUAGA